UCACCUGAGCGGGGCGGGCGGGACGGAGGCGGCCGGGCCGGGCUGGGCCGGCUCCCAGCCAGCCGCCGCACCAUGAUACACUUUAUACUGCUGUUCAGUCGGCAGGGGAAGUUAAGGCUUCAGAAAUGGUACACGACGCUACCUGAUAAAGAGAAGAAAAAGAUCAUUCGAGAAAUUGUUCAGAUUAUUUUGUCUCGCAACCAAAAAACGAGUAGUUUUGUUGACUGGAAAGACCUCAAGCUUGUUUACAAAAGGUAUGCUAGUUUGUAUUUCUGCUGUGCAAUAGAAGACCAGGAUAAUGAGCUCCUGACACUAGAGGUCGUUCAUCGAUAUGUGGAGCUCCUGGACAGAUACUUUGGAAACGUGUGCGAGCUGGAUAUUAUCUUUAAUUUUGAAAAAGCUUAUUUUAUUCUUGAUGAGUUUAUAAUUGGUGGAGAAGUACAAGAGACUUCAAAGAAGACUGCGGUGAAAGCCAUAGAAGACUCUGACAUGUUGCAGGAGACAGUGGAAGAAUACAUGAACAAGCCUGCAUUUUAAUGUUAAACUACCUGGAGAGAAAACUGCUGUAUGCACCUCUAAAGUGCACUUCCUGAAAUUGCUUCCCAAUGUGCCAGAUCCUCAGAGAAAUACCAAAAACCAGUAACUGAAGGGCUUUGUUUGUAUAAUGGUGAAGAUGAAGGUCAGCUAAUGUAGCAAAGGGUUUAACAAUUCUGUGCUUUGCAUUACUCUGUACAUGAGUUUCUCAGAGUUGUUAUUACCCCACUCUAGUUUCUCUUCUCCUUGCUGGACUCAGCUCUUGUCUUGCACCCCGUCUUUUAGGUACGGGUUUUGUCAUCACAAUGCUCCUCUGACAAUACUUUGAGGAGGUAUUCUUACUAGUUUUGUUCACUGCUGACUGUAUGACUCUACUUUUGUACAAAUGUCCGUUAUUUUGAAUGUAAUGGUUAUUCUGCUGUAAUAAUAAUUUUUUUCUAAAAGCCAAA